CGAGCGUGCGCAGAGUGGCCAGCGCGGCCGUGACGGAACGACGAGCGUGGGGGUGCGCGACCUCGCCCGCCCAGCCCGGUCCCCGCCCCUUGGCCUGCAGCUCCGCCCCCGCGGGGCGUCCCGGGCCGCUUGUCCCCUCGGCGGCGGCCGCGCGCGGCCCGGGGUCGCCCAGAAACCAAGCAGCAACAGCCCUUGGAGAGAGACAAAGUUUUCUUGACUUCUACAGUGACAAAGAGCUUGUGGAAGUUGGUACUUCUGGCCUACGCUGCCAUCAUCUGACCACCCAGCCCAAGACAGCCCAGGCUGGACAUUAGUGCCUCCUUCUUUAUUCCUCUGUGAUCAUCCAGAUCAGCACCUGACUGUUUAUUUUAAAGUCUCACAAACCCAGCCCUGAAAUCUUCAUAGUCUGGUUCUCAGCUGCUCUUGAAGGACAGUGACUUGUUACCACCACAACAGCAGAGCCUGCCUUCCUCAGCAGAUCUCCAGUCAGCCCCUGACAUCGCUGCCCUCCCCCCCCCCAACUUUAUCUCCCUUUGUGGCCUCCUAAAUGCCCAUCUCGUUGGCCUGGGUUCAGCUGGUGGUAUGGAGGGGUGCUGCCUAGCACUGACCUGGGAGUGUGUGUGACCCACUGACCCAAUGGACAUCAAAGGCCAGUUCUGGAAUGAUGAUGAUUCGGAGGGAGAUAAUGAAUCAGAAGAAUUUCUCUAUGGAGUUCAGGGGAGCUGUGCAGCUGACCUAUAUCGACACCCACAGCUUGAUGCAGACAUUGAAGCCGUGAAGGAGAUCUACAGUGAGAACUCUGUAUCCAUCAGAGAAUAUGGAACUAUCGAUGACGUGGACAUUGACCUCCACAUCAACAUCAGCUUCCUCGAUGAGGAAGUUUCUACAGCCUGGAAGGUUCUCCGGACAGAACCUAUUGUGUUGAGGCUGCGAUUUUCUCUCUCCCAGUAUCUUGAUGGACCGGAACCAUCAAUUGAGGUUUUCCAGCCAUCGAAUAAGGAAGGAUUUGGGCUGGGUCUUCAGUUGAAAAAGAUUCUGGGUAUGUUUACAUCCCAACAAUGGAAACAUCUCAGCAACGAUUUCUUAAAGACCCAACAGGAGAAGAGGCACAGCUGGUUCAAGGCAAGUGGUACCAUCAAGAAGUUCCGAGCUGGCCUCAGCAUCUUCUCACCCAUCCCCAAGUCUCCCAGUUUCCCUAUCAUACAGGACUCCAUGCUGAAAGGCAAACUGGGUGUACCAGAACUUCGAGUUGGACGCCUCAUGAACCGUUCCAUCUCCUGCACCAUGAAGAACCCCAAAGUGGAGGUGUUUGGCUACCCUCCCAGCCCCCAGGUCAGUGGUCACUGCAAGAACAUCCCUACUCUGGAAUACGGAUUCCUUGUCCAGAUCAUGAAAUAUGCAGAGCAAAGGAUUCCAACGUUGAAUGAGUACUGUGUGGUAUGCGAUGAGCAGCAUGUCUUCCAGAAUGGGUCCAUGCUCAAGCCAGCCGUCUGUACUCGUGAACUGUGCGUUUUCUCCUUCUACACAUUGGGAGUCAUGUCUGGAGCUGCAGAGGAGGUGGCCACUGGAGCAGAGGUGGUGGAUCUGCUGGUGGCCAUGUGUAGGGCAGCUUUGGAGUCCCCUAGAAAGAGCAUCAUCUUUGAGCCUUAUCCCUCUGUGGUGGACCCCACUGAUCCCAAGACUCUGGCCUUUAACCCUAAGAAGAAGAAUUAUGAGCGACUUCAGAAAGCUCUGGAUAGUGUGAUGUCCAUCCGGGAGAUGACCCAGGGCUCAUAUCUGGAAAUCAAGAAGCAGAUGGACAAACUGGAUCCCCUGGCCCAUCCUCUCCUGCAAUGGAUCAUCUCUAGCAACAGGUCACACAUUGUCAAACUACCUCUCAGCAGGCAGCUGAAGUUCAUGCACACCUCACACCAGUUCCUCCUGCUGAGCAGCCCUCCUGCCAAGGAGGCUCGGUUCCGGACCGCCAAGAAGCUCUAUGGCAGCACUUUUGCCUUCCAUGGGUCCCACAUUGAGAACUGGCAUUCGAUCCUGCGCAAUGGGCUCGUCAAUGCAUCCUACACCAAACUGCAGCUGCAUGGAGCAGCCUAUGGCAAAGGCAUCUACCUGAGCCCCAUCUCCAGUAUUUCCUUUGGAUACUCAGGAAUGGGAAAAGGACAGCACAGGAUGCCCUCCAAGGACGAGCUGGUCCAGAGAUAUAACAGAAUGAAUACCAUCCCGCAGGCCCGAUCCAUUCAGUCAAGGUUCCUGCAGAGUCGGAAUCUGAACUGUAUAGCACUUUGUGAAGUGAUUACAUCUAAGGACCUCCAGAAGCAUGGGAACAUCUGGGUGUGCCCUGUGUCCGACCAUGUCUGCACACGGUUCUUCUUUGUAUAUGAGGAUGGUCAGGUGGGCGAUGCCAACAUUAAUACUCAGGACCCCAAGAUACAGAAGGAAAUCAUGCGUGUGAUCGGAACUCAGGUUUACACAAACUGAGGGGGCCCCAGCCCUCGUACCACCCCCAUUUCCCCAGGACCCAUCUGCCCUCGUAAAAGGGCUCAGGAGCAGCAAACAAGGCUGCCCUGAGGAAUCAAGGGGCCAUUACCAAGGGGCAGGAAAAGGAUAGAAGAGGCAGCCUUCAUGGUGGAGACUGACCCAGGAACCACUCCACAUUUGGAUGGCCCAGACUGACUCCUUACCCCUGAUUUUCCCAGUUGACUUCACCCUGUUUGUAAAUAAAACAAUAAAAUGGAAGGUGCUGUGGACUGGAUAUGAUCACUGUGGUCUGACUAGCCUUGGCCCAGCACCUGCCCCAAGCCCCCAAAUGGGGGUGGGAGUGGGGAGAGUGGAAUAUCAUGAGGGUUCGGACUAUUUAUGUUGGAUAGAGUCAAAGCUGAGUCCGUCUGGUAUAGUAUACUACAGGUGCAUCAACAUUUUAAUCAAUGGAUUAGAUAAAGAAAACUUAUGCAGAUGACACAAACUGAGAAGGAUACAGAAUACCACUGGUAACUCUUCUUCAAGAUUUAAAAGGACCAUUAAGGCCAAAGCAGCUCAGAUUUCCUAUCCUUAGGACCUCUACUUUCUGCACAAAACCUAUCCAAGCAGCUCAGAUUUCCUAUCCUUAGGACCUCUACUUUCUGCACAAAACCUAUCCACUCUCCCUUGCUCUAUAUCUCAGGGGCUGGGCCCUACUCUCUUCCUCCUCCCAGCUAUUUCUUUGGGAUAAGGGAGGUGAGGGGAGAGCUGGUAGGUGCAGGAAAUAGGCUGGUCUCUAACUUGAAAUCUAUAAAGAAAUCCUAAGGAAACAGAGCCUACCUUAAUGAAACAAAAUCCAGAUUCUCCAAGGUUAGCAAUGUGAGGGAAGACAGCUGUUUCUAGGAGACCUAAUUGUUUCAGUGAAAGCCAUCUCCAUCCUUGAAAUUCCCACUGCCAACCUUCUGCUGGCCUUUACGCUGUGCUCCAUGUACCUAAAACCCUAAGUUAGUUUUAAGAGACAGGUUGGAUAUUGCCAAAUAUUUUAUGAACUAUUAAUGAAGAAAAACAGGAACAUAAGCACAGAGACUACAAAAAGCAUUAAACAAGCACAGCUUUUAAGUAUAGGCUUUUUAAAUUGUCAUAGCUUCUUGAUUUAUAAAGCCUGUGCUAGACUACCUGUUGUCUUUCAUUACCUUCAGCCUACUUUGGAGAUAACCUUCUUUGCCUGGGUACCUUACCUGCUUUGUAGUUAAGACUACAAAGCCUGGACUUAACAUGGAAGUACCAUUCUUAAGGUCCAUCCCCCCAAGAGCUGUUUCUUAAACUUCUUUACCCCUUCUUGAUAAAGACUGCUACAUUCUGACUCUACAGGUCUCUUCCCCCAUUCUGGUUUCAGGUCUAGGAGAAAUAUCUCUUCUCUAAGUAAAUGACCCCAUCAGGGAGUCCACGCUAACUGAAAUUCCUGCCUCCCUGGAGGACCCUUGCAGCUCACCUGUAUGGUAUCAGAGAUAGCUAACAUUUUUUAGUUCUUACUAGGUAGGUGCUGGGCAUUCUGCUGAGCUCUUUAAUAAUUUGCUGAUACCUUGGGUUACUUACUAUGUGCUUGGUGGUGGUGGUGUAAGCUCUCUACAUGUUGACUAAUAUAAUUCUCAAAACAAGCCUAUGAAGCAGACGCCAGUAUUCCCAUUUUGUAGAUGAGAAAACAGGCACAAAGGAUAAGUGAUUUGCCCAUAUUCCACAGCUAGUGACUGACAGGCAACCCAACUCCAGAACUGCCACUCUGGUUCUAUGCUAUAUAGCCUUUCAAACUCUACAAAUAUUUUUUCAUUUAAUCCUGACAAUAAAGAUGGAAGAUGGGUUUUUCUUAGAGAUCUUAAAUAAUGUGGUAAUGUCUCACAACUGGUUAGUGGCCGUGCUGGGUUUUUAACCAGAGUUGCUCAACUCCAGGGCCUGAGCUCUUGACUCUUACUUCCCCAGGGGUUCUCCAACUGCUCCCACUGUUGUUCCAGCAGUUGAACGUAGGUGCUUGGCUACUCAAUGGUAUAACAACAUUUUUGCUCAAUUUUCAGAAAUUGUUAAUAGAUUUUUCUCAUUUGUAACCA